AUGGCAGACAUCGAGCAGAUGAACAAGCUCAGGAAGAGCCUGGGCCUGCCGUUACUGAACGUAAGUGGACAACCUCCACCUGCCUCUGAGGGACCAACAUUCAAAGAACGUUCUCCAAGCGACGACGAAGACGGCAGCGACCAUGAGCCUGCGUCCACGUUGGAAACCCGUGAAGCCGCUGGAUAUGAGAAUUGGAAUAAACUGCGUCAAGAAGAAAAGAAACGCAUCGAACGGGAAAAGAGAAAACAACAAUUCCUCAAGGAGAGAGACGCUGCGGCGAAGCGCUUCAGACUCGAAGGCAAAGGGCUGGGAGAGGUUGACGAUGCGGGUGACUUAGAUACCAAGGCUUGGCUGAAAGGUCAAAAGAAGAGACAAUCCAAGAUCGAACAAGAUCGAGCUGAAAGACUCGCCAGAGAGCUGGCCGAGCGCGAAAGAGAAGCCGCUGCCGAAUACUCUUCAAAAGACCUCGCGGGUGUCCAAGUCGCUCACGAGAUUGGCGAUUUUGAGAAUGGAGACUCGGAACAGAUCUUGACCCUGAAAGAUACUGAAAUCGGGGCAGACGACCAGAGUGAUCAGGAAGACAUACUGGAGAAUGCAGAUAUCCUCGCCCGGGACAAGCUCAAGGAGAAACUAGACCUAAAGAAACGAAAAGCAUACGAUGUCAAUGAUGACUCGGAGAAGGGCUUGCUAUCGCAGUACGAUGAGAAGAAACGAAAGGCGUUCACCUUGGACGGGAAGGGCUCUACUUUGGAAGAACCAGAAGCCAAACGUCAGCACAUUGGGGAGAAGUGGAAAAACAUUGUCAGUCUCGACAUCUUGAAAGAGGAGCCGGUGUCGGACUACAUGGAAAUCAAAAUGAAGAAACCGAAAAAGGCCAAGAAGAUAUCCAAGAAACAAAGGAUCGUGGAUGACGAUGAUGACAUUUUCCCAAUGCGGAAUGACACCAACGGUGAUUCCACCGGAAUUGAUUCCGGAACUACUGUCCCUGCCCUCAAAGCCUGGACGACGCAGGAUGACUUCAAUGACGACGACGAUUUAGUAUCUGCCCUGUCCAGGAACCGAAAAGCGGUAUUGAAAAAGCAGAAACGCCGACCCGAGGAUAUCAUUAAGCAGCUCCAACAAGUGGAGAACGACGAGCCUGAGACAGCAGGAGAAGUGAACGGAGGUCUGGUGUUGGAUGACACCGCGGUGUUCCUUGAUAAUCUGUCCUCGCGCCCCAAAGAAGAGCAACCCGAGAGGGAGGUGAAGAAAUCUGUGGAACAGCCCGAAUCAGAGAGUCCUCCUAGAGUGAAACAAGAAGAUGGAGAUCACCAUAUGGGAGAAGCAUACGGCGGCGUUGAGAAUGAAGAAGAACUCUUGGACAGACUACGACGGGAGCGAACAACACAGACUCCUGAAGUCUCGCAUUCUGGUCUCGACGAGGAAAAAACCCUGGAUCAGGGCGUUGGAGCAGCUCUCAGCCUUCUUCGACAGCGUGGAAUCCUGAAAGAGGGUGAUGCUUCUGAUAGAACAGCUCUUUACAAAGAUCGACAAAGGUUCAUUAUCGAAGCUCGUUUGCGGGAGCAUGAAAACGAACAGAAGGCUCGAAUGCAGCGAGAGAGAGAACGACAGUCUGGAAAGUUGACAGGUAUGUCCGUUAAGGAACGAGAGGAACAUGCUCGACGACAGAACACCUUACGAGAACACCAAAGUUCGAUCCAGGCGGCUGCUACUUUCAAUCGCGAAUAUAAGCCAGACGUGCAGAUCAAAUACGUCGAUGAUGAUGGUCGGUUGAUGAACCAGAAGGAAGCAUUCAAGCAUCUCAGUCAUCAAUUCCAUGGCAAAGGUAGUGGCAAGUUGAAGACGGAAAAGCAUCUCAAGAAGAUUGCUGAGGAGAAGAAGAAAGAGGCGGCCAGUAUUCUGGACAGCAGUAAGGCGACGGGCAUGAAUAACGCUCAAGGCACCAUGGGAAAGAAGAACAAAGAGGCUGGUGUCCGGUUGGCCUGA